AUGCGCGCGGGACUCAAGCUGGCCAUCUACGGAGACUUUGGCAACUUCACGCUGCGGCGGCUAGCCGGGCAGCCAAGUAACUACCUGAAGCAGGACGCAGAGCUGUUUGCAAAGUGGAAGGUGGACGGCCUGAAAUUCGACGGCUGCUACGCGAAGAUCGAGGACAUGGCGGCGGGCUACGUCGCGAUGGGCCGGCACCUGAACGCAACGGGCCGUCGCGUGCAGUACUCGUGCAGCUGGCCCGCGUACGACCCGCACGCAAACUUCACCGUGCUCGCGCGCCACUGCAACCUGUGGCGCGUCUACGCGGACAUCGCCGACUCGUGGCGCAGCGUGCUCGGCGUCUUCGACUACUACCGCAACGCGAGCGCGCACAUCCAGCCCGUCGCGGCGCCCGGCGCGUGGAACGACCCCGACAUGCUCAUCGUUGGCGACUUCGGGCUCAGCUACGAGCAGUCGAGGGCGCAGAUGGCGAUGUGGGCCGUCCUCGCAGCGCCGCUGUACAUGUCGAACGACCUUCGCAACAUCCGGCCGGAGUUCCGCGAGAUCCUGCUCAACAGGAAAGUGUUGGCCGUCAAUCAGGACGUGCUGGGCAUGCAGGGCAAGCCUGUGGGGCAGGUGCAGCUACCCGCUAGAAAGGCACUGCACCUGGAGCGACCUCGGGUUGAAGUCUGGUCACGUCCGAUCUCCCCGCCCGGCAGUCAGGCUGUGGUGAUACUCAACCGUGACGACAACGGAGGCCCAGUGAAGCUCUCCAUCGCACUCAAGCAGCUAGGAUUGCUGGACAGCGGCGGAUACGAAGUAGAGGAGAUCUUUACCAACAGAUACUACGGCUUCAUGAGUCCGGACGAUACGUUCAGCUGCCGUGUCAACCCGACGGGCGUCAUCAUGAUCACGGCGAUCGCGCAGCAUCACGAGAAGCAGGCUCGCGUGUUGCGCGCGCGGCCACCAGUGCGUCUCACGCAGAUAUAGUAGAACUAUAGUGCGCCCACGGGCUAGCGGUUAAUAUAUACAGGCGCUGUCACAGUCGAGUCGACGAACUAAAGGUUUGGAUUGUGAAUCCCUAAUAGUAUUAAUUGUAUUAUAUAUUCAGAUCAUGUGAUUGCAGUGAUCGGUGAGGUUGGGCGAUGGUAUAAUUAAAUUAAUAAUGAAGUUUAUUUUUACACGUGGAGGAUUACAUGUAUUAGCCUUAGGGGUGCAUUGGAUCUUGAAUAUGUCUAGUUCUGGCCGGAAUCCCAAUUUUUUGGUUUUGGGCGGAACUACUUAUAAACAGUCGCCUGUAACUGAAAUAUUUUUCUAGUUUCAUUAUGGUUACUAGAAACUAAAACGAUAUUACUGGCAGGUAAUUAUCAUUUUGGCAUUCCAGCCUGUCCAAAUUUCCUGCCGAAUUGUACUCAGGAAUAUAUCAAAUGACCCAAUUAAGCAGCUGAGUCAUACUCCCAACAAUAAUGUUGUAGCCAUCUUGUCAUUACUCGACCAAGUGAUGUGCCAGCUAGCGCUAUUAUGUUCAGGUUAACUGGUUAAGGAAUUUUGCACGGCAUAGGACCAAAACUGUGAUGUUUAUUUCAAGCUAAAGUUGCAAUUGAGCAAGAACUUCAUAAUUCCGAUGCAUUGCACCCCUAAUGCAAAUUAUAUUCAGAUUAUUGGCACGAGGGCUCAAAAUGUGUGUUAUUAUCGUGUCAAUUAAUAUCUAAGGAAAGCAUGAACUGAAAUGGCCCUAAUAAAAAUUUGAAUUCUUUCAAGUGUAAUAAAGCCACUGUGAACAUUGAACUAACAUGUAGAAAUGGAGUGAUAGUAUGAUCUGUCGGUGUCAUUUCGGUAGCCAAGUCCACACUCGGACAACGGUCAUAAUAUAUUCCCUAAUAUAUAAUCUGCAUUUCAUAUCCACAUUUAAUAACAAAAGUAUAAUAAUUCCUGAAAAUUGGUAUAAAAAUUACAACGAAUGGAAUGCGGAAGAACAACGGUGUGUUAAAUGAAUGAGCUGCAUGUACAAAAUUCCAUGUCCUGUAACUACAAUGAGUAGAUACAAAACAGCCAUAAUCCAG